AUGGACUCGGUACAAUUCCCAUUAUCCGCUGGAACAUACGUCAUUAAUGGUCGAAAGUAUCGGAGAACCGCCUACCAAAUAAAAGCGGCUACAGAUGACGUGACACCGAAAUUCGAGCAAUUUGAAGAUACUCCAGAUGUCUACGACGAUGAGCCUUCUGCUGGAUGCUUAGCUCCACCCGGUCUUCCCGCUCUGAAAAAGAAGAUUGCGAAAGCCAAAGAGGUCAAAGAGGCAAAACCAGAGUCCAAUAGUACACAACCAACAGAAGAUGAGCGAAUUUCCGUAAUCGAUGGAAAGAAAUGGAUUGCAUCAAUCUCCGUUCCAGCCUGCUUCAUUGGAAAGCUUCACGGAAUGAAUCGUCGUGCGUUGAAUGCGCUGGAAAAUGAUACUCAAUGUCGUGUGAAAACGCCUAGAAGGGAUGAAAAUAAGCCUUGUGAAAUUUCCUCAAUCGUCCGUCUGGAAUGUGUCCAGCGUUGCUUGGAUCGGAUUGAAAUUUUUGUGGAUGACGCGAAGAAGACUGCUCGUGUCACUCACUUCGUAGCCCUGCCUUGCGAUCAACACGAAGUACAGGAGAAUUUUGAAGUUUUCAAGCAACUCGUGCUGGAUAGUGAACAUUUUGAUGCUUCCUGUAAAAAUCCCCAACUCUUCACAAAAUCCCCACGACUUCACUUGACACUAUCCGUUGUUUGUCUCUUUGAUGACGUGGAUCUUCAAAGAAUUACAGAGUCUUUCAAGGUUAUCGAGGAAGAGAUAAAAGAGAUCAUGAACAAUAAGCCAAUGAUAGCGGAUAUUCAAGGAAUCGAUAUGAUGAAUGAUGAUCCUUCCCAAGUGUCUGUGAUAUAUGCAAAAGUAAGCGGAGAGAAGAUCCAAGAAGUGGCGAACCAUCUCAAUCGACGUCUCAUAGAACUCGGUUUCGCCAAAAACGAGGGAGGAGAUGAAGUCAAGCUUCAUAUGACACUGAUGAAUGCUAGAUAUGUGGCACAAGCGGAGAAGUUGAAGAAAUUUACCUUUGACGCAAAGAAAAUACUGGAGGACUUGAAAGAAUCGUAUUUUGGAACUUUCCAGCUAACGGAGAUUUGUUUGUGCCCUUUGAAUUCAAACUCUUCUUCUGAUAAGUUCUACGAUAAAUUAGCUGUAAUGAGAUUGGCAUAA